CCACUAUCAUGGGUACGUGAAAGCAUGCAGGACUUGAACACGCUCACCAGUAACCAGCAAGUCACCCAAAGGGGGGAAAGGCACACUUUUCCAUCCGGGGAAUAGCGCGUCUUUACGGGGGGCCGAACCGUGCAGUGCACCGCAGCAGCAGCCGCCACGAUGUGUGUCCGCCGCUUCACGAAGCUCCGCCGGGGAAGCGAGUCGUUGACCGGAUGAUGGACAGGAACUACCCGAGCUCCAGCUUUGCGGACGCGCCGGCUCCGGCAGCACAGCCCGCAGCUUCUUGGGCCUGUGACCGCGGCUCGGCUACCAUCAAGCCAAGUUAUGGCGCAGCACAGCUCGAUGCAGGCCUCCUUCAGCAACAUAGUUACACUUCAACACCGCAACUCCCCACCUACACUACAGCACAUCUGGCUGCUGCCACAGAAGCGCUUGAAACAAACAUUAAUACUUCAGAGACCUCAAUCAUGAGCUUCCUGUCAGCCAUGGAGUCAAGAACCCCUGUUAGUGCCUCACUGCUUCCUCCUUUUAGACCUCCAUCAUGGCCUGCAGGUACCAACCCCUCCACCGCGGAGCUGUAUUUGACUGGUGCUCUGUCAUCUGCCACCACAUUUCCUACACCGGCUGCUCUGUCUACUUAUCAACACACUGGUUCGUACACUUCCAGGAGUUAUUCCACCAACCCGGCACUGGGUCUCCAGGAACCAUCCCUCAGCACUUCCAUCAAUGGCCUAUUAUCUCAUAACGACUCCCUCCUCCAGCACAAACCCAGUCAAAGUUUACUUUCAACAGCACUGGCCUUCAAUCUUACUGGCCCCGUUUCGGGCUCAGCUCUUCCAGUCGAGUCCUCCACGUACCGGUCAGCCCAGGAGUCGGCCCCCCAUCUCCUGCAACCACAGUUUAGCCUUCUACCAGCAGCCCUCCCUGCCCCUCAUAGUCCCUCGCAGUCCUAUGGAGCCACCGUUUUCUCAGGCUCUGUUGAGAGAGCGCUUCAGCGGGAAUGUAGCGUGAUCAAACACCACCAGAGGCCUUCUAGCAGCCACAUAACCUCAGAACUGCCGCCAAACUCUGAGGACUCCUUACAGAGUUACUAUGGCUCUAUCGGUGAAGGGGCCAUGUCUUACCGACAAGAUCCAUCGUGCGAUACCUCGGUAUCUUGCAGCCCUUCAACAGACACUGAUUCCUCCCACGGUGUCGAUAGUGCCAUAAAACACAAAGUGGACUCAGUUACUCAUAGUUAUUCUUGCACCACAGUCCCGACAGCUAAAGAGUGCUCCUCCAAACUCGCUUUUGUUGGCCGGGAGGAAAAUCAAAGCCUCUCCCAGAAGCAGAACUCUGUGAUUGCUAACCAGGUACCAGCGCAACUACCCAGCCUUAUGUCCAACACUUUGUCUCAGACCUAUAUCACGCCACAUACGCAGACACAGCCCGCCCAUUCCUCUUCAGACAAUUUAUCAUCCUUAUACAAGACAUUGCCUUCCAUCUCCAGUCUGUCUGCCAAUGUGGCAUCUGUAAGUCAAGCUCUUCUGUACUCUCCCAAUCCAAGCUUGAGCCAAGAACAGUAUGGUGUCGAAGUCCAGGGUUUGUGUCAAGGUAGCUACCCAUCGUCUCACUCUCAGACUGACCCAAAUGUGGCUUAUACGUCAGAGUCACAGGAGCAGGCCUCAGUGACUCAAUCUCAGCAAUAUGCCACAAUACAGUCUCUGAUUAACUCUUACCAAGCCACUUCUGCACAUGACUAUACUCAGAUGCAAGCCUCUGUGGGACAUAAAGCACUUGGCACAGUUUCCCAGCAGGUAACAGUCCAGACUCCACAUACUUCUGAGACUGUGUCUUCUACCUACUCUUCAACUUCCCAAGCUUUAAGUAAUAAUAUCAGAUUAUCAUUAAGAGACUUAAAGCCAAUGUAUGGCAAACAAACACUUGAAGAACUUCCUAUACAGGACCUACAGGCUCUCCAGCAGGCGUCCAUGGGGGGCUCUGUUAUUAAUGGUACUGUGGCAGCUCACAACAAUGUAAUCUAUGUCGUUUCAAAAAUGGAGGACCUCCACAAAACGCAAAGCGUCAUCAGAGACAGUUCACGUUCUGCUGACCAGCUCUCGCAGCUAAACACAGCACAUGUUAACCAUGAGAGGUUGAGCUCCAUGGGCCAGCAUCACAGUCACCUAAGCAUUGCCAAUGGCCAGGUAAAUGCAGAUCCAAAAACAAAUAACUCUGGUUUUGUAUCUUCACAUAUACUCCUGAGUCCAGAACUUAAGCAGCGGCCUCUCCACAUCAAAUUACCUGAGUCACAACAAACUCACCAGGACCAUACCCCAGCAGUCCACACCCAGUUCAUCACUGUCCCUAACGCACAGGUUCUCUUGGAGCCCAACCAGAUGAUUCUUCUUCAGCAGCCUCUUGUGCAAAGUGCUCAAAUGUCUUCAAAGGUAGUAUCUGCACAAGGCCUUCAAUCAACCCAAGGUUUGAGCCCUUUUAAUGUCCAGUACCUUCAGAUGGAUCGUGAACAACUGCUUUGUCGCAGUGUCUCUGAAAGUCAGCAAGUUACAGUCGUGUCUGAGCAGAGCUCAGGGUGCUCAGAUUCCUCUAAAGACCACUACAGCCAGUCAGCUAAUGACCAGUCAAAUGAUGCUAAGAACCAAUUUGCCCUUAACUCUCUUUGCUUCCCAGACUCUGACUUACUAGCCGAUGACAGGAAUAUUUUAUCAAACGUUGAUGACAUCUUGGCUGCUACUGUGGCUGCUUGUGGCGUCACACCGCAAGACUUUGUCAAAGCCGCAUCCUCCACCCAGGCUGAAAUUGUAACAAUGACAGGUUCUGUCGAUGCCAAGAAUCACUUUCAAACGGUGGAUAUAACGCACAUGUCACCUAGUUUCUCGACAGCGCAGACAAUCCUUACAGGCAGUAACUCCAUGACUAUGAUGCUAAAUGAAGCACAGAUCUCUACAGACCGCCAAGGACUGUCCGUUCAUCACAACAGUUCUGAUCUUGACACCAAUGGAGAUGGAGAGAUCUCUGAAAACGACUACCACUCAAUCAGGCACGUUUAUGACCCGUCAGGCUUCCAAAGCAGUGUCAAAGGGAAGUGUAUCACAACUGAGAACGGCCUAAUGAAAAGCCCAGGUGUUGAGGACUUCCCCCAAAAUAAAGUUUGCCCUCCGUCUUUGACAAAGGGUGAGGAUAUAGUACAAGCAAAACCAGCCAAGCGCACUGUACAGGCAAAGCGGCAGAACUCUAGAGGCAGUGAUUCCAGCCCAUCUGCCUCACAAAGCACGUAUGAUAGUUGUCCACAGCAGGAAAGAAUUAGGCAGAAAAUUCGGGAAGUGGAAGAGAAACAACCUGAGGUGAAAAACGGUUUUAUCGGCUCCUUCCUGGACUUCAUUAAAUCUGGCCCCAAACAGCAGUCCCCUGCAAAUGCUUCAAGAAACACUAGUCGGCCCAAAAAGACUGGUGUCUUGACCAAACCACCAACAAGUAUUGAACCCCCCAAAAUUCAAACUCUACCAGGUUCACUGAUUGCCCAGCAGAGUCAGGGAGUGAGCUCUCAUCAGAAACGUUUGGAUGACGAGCUACAGAAGAACUUGGAGACGCUGCCGUCAUUCAGCUCCGAUGAAGAGGAGAAUACAGGAAGAAACCAGGCGCUAAGGAACAGUAUCAGCUCAGCACUCUCUGCGCUUGAUGAGUCCUCAGAACGGAAAAACAAGCUAGAAAACCAGGUCCCUAUUACGAUACUAAAACCACUCCAAGUCCCCGCUGUGACAUUCAACAUCACAGAAACCUGCCCUCCACCCAUAUCUACUUCCACCCAAACACCAAACGCCGUUGUCACAGGAAUCACUACCACGGCCAGACAGCAGCCCAAAGAGAUGCCACCUGGCCAGCUCGCUGUACAGUUGACAAGUGUGGCCAUCGAGGGACUGACUGACGAGGAGCUGUCGGACAGUGGAGGUGAAGGAAUGUACCGGGAGAGAGACGAGUUUGUUGUGAGAAAGGAGGAUAUUGAGACCUUAAAGGUAUCUAUGCGAGCAGGAAGUGAGCCUCCUGCCAUUUGGAAAGUCCAGAAGGCUCUGCUGCAGAAAUUUGUGCCAGAGUUGAGAGACGGGAAGCGAGUGUUUUCGGCUACAAACAGUUAUCUGGGAUACUUUGGUGAUGCCAAGACCAUGUACCAGAGAGUCUAUGUGAAGUUUCUGGACACCGUGAACAAAAGAGAGUAUGUCCGUGUGUGCAGUCGGAAGCCACGCUGCAAGCCUAUGAACUCAUUAAGAGGUUUUCAGGUGAAGACUCUGCUGGGCUUGACAGCUGCCCCCCUCUCCCAGUCUCAUACUCAGAAGCUUCGGCCCAUCAAACCUCUCAAGCCAAGAGCAGAGCCACCACCCAAGAAGAGGCGGAAAUGGAAGGAGGCCUUGUCGCCCACUGCCUCGGGAUCAUCCUCUGCAGAAGAAGCUGAUGAGGAAGAUGACUUGAACCCUCCUGUGCCUUUUGCUUCACGACUUCUCAACACAAGAACCAUGAAGGACACUUUCAAGAGCUUCGUGGAGCUGCUCAUCAGCCUUGCCCUCGACGAAAGUGUGAUGAUUGAACUUGAAAGAAGAAAUGAUGAGUUGUUGCUGCCACAUAUGAGAAGAAUGGACGAGUUGAUCAGUGACAACAGGAAACGCUUGCUUCACAAACUGCACAUUGGGCAAGUCCUGAAGACGUCACUGGACAGCUGCCCAGAGAUCUCUGUGGUGACGGAGUUGAAAAAGGACGGGGAGGCACCUUUCUUUAAAGUGCGUCUCAGUGGGAAGGCCUACAGCAAGAAGACCAUGAAGCCUUACAAGUUGCCUAACAAAGAGCCACAGGAGUACACAGUGAAUCAGCAGAAAAGCCACUGGUUUUCGUUGUAUCACUCUCUACAACACUACAAGUACCACACAUACCUCAUGUGUAAGGACGAGGUCCUGCGGGUGCAGGCGGAAGAACAGGGGCAGCAGGAAACUGUGCAAAAGUAUCUGGAGAAUAUAGCAUGGGUGGAGGGGCUUUUUAAUCGUUUUGAGGAGCUGAUCAAUCAAGUGCAGCUGGCCUGCCGAUGAUGGACUCAAAAAGACAAAAAAAUACUGAUGGAAUGUACUUAAAACAAGGACUCCUAAGGCUGUCCUACCUAUAUGUCUGCUAAAGAGUGGCUGAGGCCUUAAUAGGAUCCCAUAAAGGUUAGUGUCAGCAAAAAGCACCGUUGAAUGACUUUUUGGGUGUAUUUUUCUCAAGCUUCUCCUAGUUUGUCUUAAGAGUUUGUAGCCACAUGUUCCCUGUUACUGCUCUCCGUUAUGGAGUUCCAGUUUGUAUUUGUUUUUGGCUGGAUAAGUAUUAACACUCGAUGAGAUGCAAAGUAUGUGGCCUACAAAGUUAACUAGUUUUAUCACUUUGACAAGUAGGCACAACUAGAGAGAAGCUGAUAGAUUGCACAAAGAAAAAUAUAUUAUAUAUAAUCUUAGUUAUAUACAGUUUGUCAAACAUCCCUUUUUCAGAGUGCCAACUCACACGUGGCCAUUCAUGUGUAUAUAUGUAUGUAGGUAUGUG